CACACACACACACACACACACACACACACACGCGCGCAUACUUUCACAGUGUCAGUCUGCAGUCACUGAACUCUCGCUCUCUCUCUCUCUCUCUCUCUCUGCUUCUCUGCAGGGUCGACCCCUCCAGUUUUUAGUCAGAUCCAGUUCGGUCCCGUUAACGGUCAGAGUGUUUAUCUUCUCCUGCGGUAAAACGUGCAGCAGCAGCGGUGUGUGUGUGAUGUGUGAGUAGUUGUCAGGCAGCAGCACCCUGAGGUGUCUCCAUCAUGGACCGGAUAGGUGUCUCCUUUCUGGACCCCCUGGAUGAUUACGAGUUAAUCCACAGGAUCGGGUGCGGCACAUACGGAGAUGUGUUCAAGGCUCGUAACAUCCGGACGUCCGAACUGGCAGCUAUCAAGAUUGUGAAGCUCGACCCGGGGGAUGACAUCACGACCAUCCAGCAGGAGAUUACCAUGAUGAAGGAGUGCAAACACAAAAACAUUGUGGCAUACUUCGGAAGCUACCACAGCUGCUGGAUUCUUCUCCCACUCGUGGCUCAGACAGCAGCUCACUCAUCAUUCUUUGUGUUUGUGGGCGUUCAUCGGACUUUCAGGGAGCGUCUACAUUUGUGUUUCCUUCAGACUCUUAGGGAGCGUCUACAUUUGUGUUUCCUUCAGUCUUUUAAGGAGCGUCUACGUUUGUGUUUCUUUCAGACUUUCAGGGAGAGUCUACGUUUGUGUUCAGACUUUUAGGGAGCGUCUACGUUUGUGUUUCCUUCACACUUUUAGGGAGCGUCUACAUUUGUGCUCAAACUUUUAGGGAGCGUCUGCAUUUGUGUGUCCUUCAGAUUUUUAGGGAGCGUCUUCGUUUGUGUUUCCUUUACAUAUAAACGCUUUAAUACUCAGAUGAUGUUUGUGUCU